AUUGAGAAAAUGAUUGAUAAUGCCAUUUCAUUCAUUUUGUGUAUUAUAUUUCCAUACCUACCUUUAUAGCUUAGGUUUUUACCAAAAAUGAUAUCAAGCGAACCAACACAAUUUUCUUAAACAAAAGCAUUUGAAUUCCAUGGUAAAGGAGGAAUUAUAGAAAUCUAGCAUACAGAUCCAUUAUAUUUUGGCUUGGAGAUUCUUCAAUGAUUGAAAGUCAAUACUAACUUUUGUAUCAAGACAUACACAAUCCAAAACUACCCUUCAGUUUGUGUGUCUGAUUUGUUACAGCUAAGUAGUUUUGGCAUCUUACUUUACUAAUUUACACGAUUUCCCUUUCAGAAAUCUUGUGCUUUUGUCUUUAUCCCCAUCUACCUCCAAAUGUCUGGAUAUUUCACUGUCUUAUUGAACCUUUGACGUUUAUUUUUGCCUUAAUUCCUUUUAUACAUGCACCUUGCAUUGGCUAGAAGCAGUGUGCUAUUCAAAAGCAAAAUAUUUUGAUUGGGUCUGUGUAUUUUAUGGUUAUUAGAUUUUCUUAUUAGAAGCCAGUUAUAGAAAACAGAGUUCUUUGAUCCUUGUUUUAAAAUGUGAAUUAGCAUAAACAUUUUACAAUAUUUUCUGGUCAAAAACUAAUGCACAGAAAUGUGAGCUUUGGUUUUAUUUUCCAGUUUAAUAUUAGAACAUCAUAAAAGAAAAGAAAAAACUGCCCCUUUCUCCAUAUGCUACCAUCCAUAGAUGGUAGGGAUUAUUUUAGUAAUUUAGUUAUUCAUUUCUUUUUGUGUAAUCAUCUUUUUUUGUGUGUGUGUGUGGGUGCAGCAAACAUUCUUGAUAUGUUGAAGAUUCAGCGCCUCCCCCCCAAAAAAAAUCACAAAUGUAAUUUUAACAGAUUUUAGAAAUCUAAAGGGUGUUAAACUUGUUAUAUACUCCCACUAAUUAUAUUUGACCACAAACAAAAAAGGAAAAUCUAAUAAAUACUAUAAAUGUUUGUUGUUGCUCUUUGUUAUAUUGGUUUCUAAUAAGAAAAUCAAUUGAUGAAUGGGUGCAGAAAUUUAAUAAGGCUAGAAAUCCAACCAAAAAACUUUUUUUUUUUCAAAGAAAGCUACCUCUGUUUAUGAUGGGUUGAAUGAUUUCUUUGUAGAAGAAUGUGGCAGAACCUUAAAAUAUUUUCUCAUUGUAACAUAUAAGCUUUAUUCACUUUUUGUUUUUAGUGAUUUAUCACAUAUAAAACAAAAAAAUAAUCACAUUGCUUUUUCUCUGGUUUUUAAUGACAGGCGCUCGUAACAUCCGUUGGUGCAUGAUUGACGUAUGUUAUGGCCAAUGAGGUGUCGCUAACGACACGUAGACCCGCCCACUUCGGUUUGUGAUUGGUUCGUUGCCAUGGUAAAUAGUGGGGAGAAACAGCUGUUAGCUAUUUAGAGAGGAAGAAGGAGGACUAACUGGGUUGGCGGCUUGCUCAAAUCAGGGCACACAAACACGCUAAGAGGACGGACAUGGAUCGCAGUAGAGCAGUUUGUAGGCAUUUCAUAAAUGGCUUUUGCAGAUUUGGGUUGAGAUGCAAGUACAGACAUGAGACUACCCCUAUACCUGCAUCGCAAAUAUGUCGGUACUUUCAGAAAGGUGGAUGCUGGUAUGGUGAACGCUGCAGGUAUUUGCAUAUCACUCUGCCUCAUGUUGGCCACGCAGUUCCGGGUAGAAGGGGUUCUAUGCCCACAGCAGUCUCCCCCAGUGUGCCCUACUUGUCUUCUUAUGCAAGAAGAGGAUCAGAACCAGCUCUCGGUCAUGCUGAUGUCCCAUCCAGGCAAAGAUGCAGUGGACCACAAUCAGCUGCUUAUGCCUUUACUCCUCAGCAAGACACUGGGCACCUGCCAGAAAAUAUUGUUGAGGAACAGCCACACGAAAAUGAGGAGUCGGCCCAUAGUUCAGGUAUCGCUCAAGCAAGUGCGUGGCAUGGAGCAGAUGAGCACUCUCAGGGACCCUCCAAAUCUGAGACGCAAGAAAAUGGUGCAACAGCAGCUUGCAGUAACAGUGUAGAGCCUUUGUUGAAGAGCAAAAAUGUGGUCUGUGGAAUCUGCAUGGAAAACGUCUAUGAAAAGGAGGAACAGAGAAACCGUGUUUUUGGUAUUUUGCCAAACUGCAAUCAUCCCUUCUGUUUAAAAUGCAUCGCAACUUGGAGGAAGACAAAAGAUCUUGGACCUGGUGUUGUAAGGGCCUGCCCUCAGUGUCGAGUCAGGUCAGCCUUUUAUGUGCCCAACAAACACUGGGUGGAAGGUGAAGAGAAGGAAAAUCUAAUAACUGCUUUCAAGAAGAAAUUGGGUAAGAGGAGAUGCAGCUUCUUUGAAAGAAAUGGAUUUUGCCCCUUCAAAAAGGAUUGCCUUUAUGAGCAUGUCUUGGAUUCAAGUCAUGUUUCUUUUAGUUAUUUCUCGGAUGACAGUGACGACGACGACGACAGCGACCUUGCUGAUCUGCUUAAUAUUAUUAUAAACAUGAGCCUUUGGAGGCAGGAGGAACUGGAUGAAGACCUUCUCUUUUUCCUAACUGAAGAUUUUGGGUUUUGAGCCACUUGGUGGUUUUAAAACCCUUGAUCACUGCCUCUAUAGUGAAACUACAUUUGGAGAAGCUUUCAAGAUCAGGAAAAUAAUUGUACUCCAGUUGUUGAAUUUGACUUUGUCACAAAAAGCAGGUUAUCUCACUAGUUUCCUGUAAUCAAAGGAAAUAAGAUGUCUCUGGCAAUUUUAUGAGAAAUGUAUGCACAUCUUCACUCUGCUCCUGCUGUAACGAUGAAAGAUGGAAAUUUUUCUUGCAUAUUUUUUUUUUUUGUCCCUGAUAUUGUUGACAUCUGUUCUUGACUGGGUUUUUGAUAACCUCCCACUGCUUAAAUGCCUUGUUCCUGUCUGUCCCUCAUAUCCUCUCAUAGAUUUUCAACUUUGAACUUGUUUCCCCCAGCUUUUGACAAUCUGGAAUUUUAAAAAAGAAAAUAUAUGGCUGAUUUUAAUAGUCAAAAGGUAAAAAGUCUUCCAUGGUCUACCCCCUGGAUACAAAAUUCUAAUACCAACCUUAAGACACUAUGAUGGCUUUACCUAGUUUUUGUCAAGAAAUUACAUUUGGUU